AUGUCUGCCCCUCCUGUCCUUGUUCGCCCAGCACUUGGUGAGGCUGCUUCGCUGGGAACGUUGUAUGAUGCUCGCACCGACUCUUUUCUCCCACUCUCAGCCCUGCAGACGCAGCCUCCUUCUUCGCUCAUCACCAAAACCGACAUCCACGACAGUGACACUCGUGACUUGGAUAUUAAAGCCCAGCUUGGUGCAAGCUUCCUGGCCGGUCUGGUCAAUGUUGAAGGAUCGCGGAAAUAUCUGUCGGAGGGCAGAGACAGCAACUUGGUUGCUCAUCAGUCUUUGCUAUACAGUGUGACUAAGGUCAGCGAAAGACUGGAAUUCCAGACAAAGGAAGUUGAAGACUCUAUUUCUUGGUCUGCAUUGGAAAAAGGUUAUGCGACGCAUAUUGUGUUUGAGAUCAUUUGGGGCUCACGGAGCGUCGUCACGGCGAAGCAGAUCCUCUCUCGAGAGGAUAAUGCGAAAGCAGUCACCGGCAACUUGGCUAGCCAGCUCAAGUGUUGGGAGACGUUUGGUGAGGGGAGAGGCGACAUGGUCAACAGAGACGAGAGCUUGGAUAGGUCAUUGGAAGUCACUGUCUUUGGCGACGUCCUUCCUAGUGAUGGCCUCAUUCCAACCGAUCUUGCAAGCGCGUUCCGUUUUCUCACCAAUAUCCCAACGUAUAUUGGGAAUGCAAAUAGUGGAAAGGGAAAACCUCUAACCUACAAGUUGAUGCCGAUAUCUUUGCUUGCCGGUGUAGUUAACCGCAUGAUUUCGAUACCACUUGUAAUUAACAAUCUUGAGACCGAAUGCUUCGAAAAUUUUGUUCAGAUAUUUGAUGAAAUUACAGCUAUUCGCCAGGAGUUGAAUGACUACCGCGCUUUCCUUGGAGAGAACCGCGGCUACGUUCCUCCAGACCAUAUUCGAAGUGUGGAGGUCAAGAUUUCGGAAUCCAGGCACCUUGAGACCCUCUUGAAUGAUCCCACACACCGGGUUCGCGUCAUUCUCAAGGAUCAGGACGCAGUUGAAGAGAAACUUGAUGUACCGAGGAUUGUUCUCAUCCGGAACGCCGAAGUAAUAAUUCUAGACGUUCUUCAAGACCGGAAACUCUCUUCCAGCAAGCGUUUCGCUCAAUCCAUCGAAGCGUAUCUUGAUAAUGGAUCUCCCAAACCAGUCCGAAGAGUCGUGAUGAAGAUUCCUUGCCCGAAAAUUUACUGUGGUUCAACCACUAGCCACAACUGGUUUUGCACACGAUGUGGUACACUGAUUGAAUAUGGCCACAUCGAUGACUACCUGUACUGCGACUGCGGGCGUUGUAAAUACACUUCGUGGAGCUUUAGAUGCUCGAAUACGAAGCAUGGCCUGGACUUCAGCACGUAUGACAGCGUCACACUAGCUCAACUUCUUAAGUCAUUAGAGCCAUUCGAGGAGCUAAAUAUUUUGGGAAAAUCGACCUGGAUUAAUGCUUUCGUGAACUAUCUGUCGUUCCCAUCACUUGAUGAAGCUAUGAAUAUGGAGAAGCUUUGCUGGAGGAUACCAUUCGCUUUCAACACUUACAGCGUAAGGGAUGAUGGCGAGUUUGAGAAGAUUAAGGUGAGCUACGGCUUUGAGCGCCAUUCAGAGAAUGAACCAGUUGUGCGGCAAGUCAGCAUUGAAGAGGUCGAUGGCACCACUGGAGAGUCGGCAACCCAGAAUGCUACAGUACAUCGGGUCAUGAUUGGAGAAUGCCUUGUGAGGAUUAUCGACACGCCAGGCAUUGGUGACACACGAGGAGCCUCUCAAGAUAAGAAAAAUAUGGCAGAUAUCUUGAGUGUCAUUCGCACAUAUGAAAAACUACACGGAAUUCUGAUUCUACUUAAGCCGAAUGAGCAGAGACUUAGCGUUACGUUGCGCUUCUGUAUUCAAGAACUCUUAACACACCUACAUCGCGAUGCUGCAAAGAAUAUAGCGUUCGGCUUCACAAACACAAGGGGAACCAGCUACACUCCAGGUGAUACGUUUGAUCCGUUGCAAGCACAAUUGAACAAAUAUAGGCAUGUUGACAUUGGUCUCCGAUCACGGAAUAAACAACACGAAAAGUCGUUGGGCCAUUUUGAAGAGAAUCGUAAGAGUUGGGAACACUUGGUGGAGGAAUCGAAGCGCCUCCUCGAUCACUCCAAGAGCAUUUUGCCACAUCGAGUUACUAGUACUGUGAAUUUGUAUGAGACAAGACACAGAAUUUUCCAGAUGACCGAACCAAUGGCCGCCAUUGCGGAGAAAAUCAAGUCUACUAUUAUGAUUAAUGAAGACCAAAUCAAAGAUCUCACACAGAGCGAUCUGAAGAAGAAAGACUUGGAAGAAAAUAUGAAAAUUCGUGUGAACACGCUCACUGCCGUCGCUGUUGAGAACCCACGAACUGCAUGCGCUCAUGCUGACUGCGUUGAACACUCGAAUACCGGACUCAUAGGCAUGGAUGGAAAACCAAUGCUGGGAACUGUAUACAAGACUUUCCAUCUGUGGAACUUCCAUCUACAUAUCAAACACGAGUACGAAGAUGGAAGCACAGAGAUGGAUAAUCCGAUGGUCAUAGAAGCUCUUGAGCGAAACGCAAGCGACCGCGAGAAGAAAGAGGCUGCAAUCGCCAGUAAGGUGAAACUUAUCGAAGACCUCGAGCUCGAACUGAAGAUGGUCCGUGAUGCAGCCGCUCAGUUCAGUAUCUUUCUUAGAAGGAAUGCCAUAAUGCCGGUCAACGACGCAACCUUGGACUACUUGGACCUUCAGAUAGAACAGGAGAAAGGGAAGAUUUCUGAAGGAGGCAGCAGAGACAAGUUUAAGAGACUUUCUGACUUCCGAAAGCAGUAUGAACAAGAAGUGAAGAUUCUGACGGAGUAUUGGCAGAAGGGCGACAGUCAAAAGUUGUUGGACCAAGCUGACGUUGAAGGUCUUAUGCAACAUUUAUACUCUCUUCAGCAUUACGGGAGUCAACUGCAACAGGCGAAUCAGGUCCUAAACAGAAUAGGAGUAAUCAGCAACAGAGAGAAAACGAAUGUGAUACAUGCGAAAGCCCACUUUACGGAGCGAGCAGGGCAGUCCAUAAAAACACAGAAAGCCGCUGCUAUUACAGUCAACGAGGUUGCAGAAAGGCAGACUGCUUUCAACAGCUCCUUCAUAAGUUGGGUCCCGAAAUAUGCAACGGCACUUUGGUCUAAUCGAUUCUGGAUGAAGAAAAAAUGA